UUCGUUUUCUUGCGCAGUCGGCCGAGGGGCUCGGGAGCUCCGGGGGACCGCGGCCGUCAGACCCCAGACGGAGCAGAGGCGACCCGGCGCGCCUCCACCCACCCCGGCCGGAUCCUGCGCGCUGAAAAGUUUUGUUUUCCGUGUGCCAUCCUUGAAAGCUGUCUAUUAGACGCUCGUACCCUGUGCAUGCAACCCCAACAGUCUUGGCACUUGUUGUCUUGACACUUGUGCUGUGUGUAGCUGCUGCUUUGGUUGAAUCCCCAGUCCCUCGCUGGGGCGUAAGGUGGCAGGAUGUCUCAGUGGUAUGAGCUUCAGCAACUUGACUCCAAAUUCCUGGAGCAGAUUCACCAGCUCUAUGAUGACAGUUUUCCCAUGGAAAUCAGACAGUACUUGGCACAGUGGCUAGAAAAGCAAGACUGGGAGCAUGCAGCCAACGAUGUCUCAUUUGCUACCAUCCGUUUUCAUGACCUCCUGUCACAGCUGGAUGAUCAAUACAGUCGCUUUUCUUUGGAGAAUAAUUUUUUGCUGCAGCAUAACAUAAGGAAAAGCAAGCGUAACCUUCAGGAUCAUUUUCAAGAAGACCCAAUACAGAUGUCUAUGAUCAUCUAUAAUUGUCUGAAGGAGGAAAGGAAGAUUUUGGAAAAUGCCCAGAGAUUCAGUCAGACUCAGUCGGGGAAUAUUCAGAGCACAGUGAUGCUAGACAAACAGAAGGAGCUUGACAGCAAAGUCAGAAAUGUGAAGGACAAAGUUAUGUGUAUAGAGCAUGAAAUCAAGAGCCUAGAAGAUUUGCAAGAUGAGUAUGACUUUAAAUGCAAAACCUUGAACAACAGAGACCACGAAACCAGUGUUGUGGCAAAGAAUGAUCAGAAACAGGAACAGCUGUUACUCCAGAAGAUGUAUUUAAUGCUUGACAAUAAGAGAAAGGAAGUAGUUCACAAAAUAGUAGAGUUAUUGAAUGUCACUGAACUUACCCAGAAUGCCCUGAUUAAUGAUGAACUAGUGGAGUGGAAGCGGAGACAGCAGAGUGCCUGUAUUGGGGGACCGCCCAAUGCUUGCCUGGAUCAACUGCAGAACUGGUUCACUGUUGUUGCGGAGAGUCUGCAGCAGGUUCGUCAGCAGCUUAAAAAGCUGGAGGAAUUGGAGCAGAAAUUCACCUACGAACAGGACCCUAUCACAAAAAACAAGCAAGUGUUAUGGGAUCGCACCUUCAGCCUUUUCCAGCAGCUCAUUCAGAGCUCUUUUGUGGUAGAAAGACAGCCUUGCAUGCCAACUCAUCCUCAGAGGCCACUGGUUUUGAAGACUGGGGUACAAUUCACUGUGAAGUUGAGGCUGUUGGUGAAGUUGCAAGAGCUGAAUUAUAAUUUGAAAGUCAAAGUCUUAUUUGAUAAAGACGUCAAUGAGAGAAAUACAGUAAAAGGAUUUAGAAAGUUCAACAUUCUGGGCACACACACGAAAGUGAUGAACAUGGAGGAGUCCACCAAUGGGAGUCUGGCAGCUGAGUUUCGACACCUGCAACUGAAGGAACAGAAAAAUGCUGGCCGUACCAAUGAGGGUCCUCUCAUAGUUACUGAAGAGCUUCACUCCCUCAGUUUUGAAACCCAGUUGUGCCAGCCUGGUUUGGUUAUUGACCUCGAGACGACCUCUCUGCCUGUUGUGGUGAUCUCCAAUGUCAGCCAGCUCCCGAGUGGUUGGGCCUCCAUCCUGUGGUACAACAUGCUGGUGGCAGAACCCAGGAAUCUGUCCUUCUUUCUGAACCCACCAUGUGCACGAUGGUCUCAGCUUUCAGAAGUGCUGAGUUGGCAGUUUUCUUCUGUCACCAAAAGAGGUCUCAAUGUGGACCAGCUGAACAUGUUGGGAGAGAAGCUUCUUGGUCCUAAUGCUGGCCCCGACGGUCUUAUUCCCUGGACAAGGUUUUGUAAGGAAAAUAUAAAUGAUAAAAAUUUUCCCUUCUGGCUUUGGAUUGAAAGUAUCCUAGAACUCAUUAAGAAACACCUGCUCUCUCUCUGGAAUGAUGGGUGUAUCGUGGGCUUUAUCAGCAAGGAGCGAGAGCGCGCCCUGCUGAAGGACCAGCAGCCGGGGACGUUCCUGCUGCGCUUCAGUGAGAGCUGCCGGGAAGGGGCCAUCACGUUCACAUGGGUGGAACGGUCCCAGAAUGGAGGCGAACCUUACUUUCAUGCGGUUGAGCCCUACACGAAGAAAGAACUUUCUGCUGUUACCUUCCCUGAUAUCAUUCGCAAUUACAAAGUCAUGGCCGCUGAGAAUAUUCCAGAGAAUCCCCUGAAGUAUCUGUAUCCAAAUAUUGACAAAGAUCAUGCCUUUGGAAAGUAUUACUCCAGGCCAAAGGAAGCUCCAGAACCAAUGGAACUUGAUGGCCCUAAAGGAACUGGAUACAUCAAGACUGAGUUGAUUUCUGUGUCUGAAGUGUAA